AAGUGAUCCUUCUUCUGUCAUCCGUGUCCAGACAAAGAGAGCAGGAAAUGUCCAACCAAAGCACCGUGAUUGAGUUUCUUCUCCUGGGCUUCUCUGAUGAGCGGGAGCUGCAGAUUUUGCACUUUGUGGUGUUCUUGGUGAUUUACUUGGCUGCCCUGAUGGGGAACCUUCUCAUCAUCUCAGCCAUCGUCCUCGACCACCGUCUUCACACCCCCAUGUAUUUCUUCCUGGGCAACUUGUCUAUCCUGGACAUCUGCUACAUCUCCGUUGCAGUCCCCAAGUCCAUGGCCAACUCCUGGAACAACACCCGGUGGAUCUCUUUCCCCGGCUGCGUUGCCCAACUCUACUUCGGCAUCACCUUUGCCUUCGCGGAGGUGACUCUCCUCACGGCCAUGGCCUACGACCGCUAUGUGGCCAUCUGCCAUCCUUUGCGGUACAGGGUCAUCAUGACCGGAGGGGUUUGUGCCAAGAUGGCCGCCGGUUCCUGGCUCACCAGCUCCGUCUAUUCCUUGCUGCACACGGCGAAUACUUUCUUCCUGCCCUUCUGCCGGUCCAACGUGGUGGAUCAGUUCUUCUGCGACAUCCCGCAGCUGCUGAAACUCUCCUGCGCGGAUACGCGCCCCAACGAAAUUGUGGUGGUUGUCUUAAGUGCCUUGGCGGGCUUGUUUUUCUUCAUUUCGAUAUUUCUGUCCUACUUUCAUAUCUUUUCGGCUGUGCUAAGGAUCCCCUCAGCCCAGGGUAGGUAUAAGGCCUUCUCCACCUGCCUGCCGCACCUACUUGUGUUUUCAUUGUUUAUCAGCACCGGGAUCUACACGUACCUACGGCCUGGAUCAGCGUCUUCCCCCUACGAGGGCCUCUUGGGUGCUGUGCUCUAUACUGUGGUUUCCCCAAUAAUAAACCCACUGAUUUACAGCCUGCGGAACAAGGAGAUAAAAGACGCCCUAGGCAAACUUUUAAACAAGUUGUGUUUCACCAAGGGCCUUUUCACUUCUUAG